AUGUUUGACAGAUAUAAUGAAAUAGGCAAACCAAUUAUUGUAAUGUCAUUGGUGGUGAUUGAAAUUGAUGUACUCAAUGCCUUGGUCGGGAACCUUCAGCAGAGAUUAGUUAUAUUAUUACCACUUCCUGUAUACGCUUCAGUUUUGCUAAAAAUGAAGUGUAUGAAGAGAAGUGUAGGAAGGGUAUUUGAUGGGUUCUCGCACAAUUUCGAACAAUUUUACAUCGCUUGGGUUUGCAACAAUCUCGAGCACGCAGCUGCACUGAAACUCCGGUGCGUUGCGAAAAUUUUCCAGAGUGAUUGCCUCAGAGAAUAA